AUGCCUCGCCUACUGAGAAAGGUUCUCUAUGGAAUUCUACUACGACAACUACAAGCCCAUCGACUUCAGAGCGGAAUAACACCCCCACAUAUAUUGCAACAGACACAGCGGUAUUAUUCGCCACGAAGACAGAAUCUUCGUGAUGAAAAGCGUAAACAACAAUCGUCAGGGUGGUAUGAUCGGUUGAUAGAGCACUUAGAGAGGAACGAAUCGACGUAUACAAAUAUCGGGCUGGGUUCGUCGAUAUUUGUUGCGGUUAUGGAGUUUAUGUAUCCUGAUGGGCCUCCUAAACCCGAGGAAAUGCGCGCGAUGCAAGAUAUGGCUGUUAUCAGCUAUAUCAGCUCGCCUCCUAAACGCUGGAUAUCUUGA